ACUUCCGGAUUGUGAUUUCACGUGUGUACCGGUAUUGUUUGUUAUGUUGAACUGUUUACGUUGUUUACAACCUUAGGAAACAAGUUGAUAUAUGAAGAAAAGGAUAAUGAAAUUUGUAGUGAAAAGUGUUACAAAUGGCAGUUGUCGUUUGGGUAAGAUUGAGAACAUUGGACCAUUCAUGAAGACUGUGGAAACACCCACUUGUAUGUUGUACACCAGGGGAGGCAGUGCUCCCCAUCUAACCCGAGACAUGCUACACAAGAUACAGGAUCUGCCGCCAGUUGCCAAUAUGGCUGUCAGCAUGAUGUAGUGCUGAGCACCACGAAGCACUUCAGGAAUACGGUCAAGGGAUGGCCAAGUUUUCAGCUAUGCAGGAGUUCCUGGUCUACACGUCCCUGCAUGACACACACGUGGAGAUUCCUUCAGGGUACAACGAGAAGAGUGGGAGCGCAGUGUGGACUAAAGGUGGCAAGAUGAAGGUAGACGUGGAUCUCUAUAUAAAGAUACAGUCAGCGGUCCAGCCAGACUGGUGUCAGGCUCUAAGUGAUCAUGAUACAAACGCUGAGUCGUCACGGAAACGGGCGGUGAAAUCCGUAGACAGAACAUUAUCCUUCCUCGAUCAAAUUUUAGAACAACAGUCCAAGUCUGAGAGGCUGAAGAACACUGAGGUGUUUGGGGUGGUGGAGGGAGGCUGGAAUGGCGGUGAGAGAGAGCGGUCAGCGAAGGAGACUGCGGCCAGGAAGGUUGCAGGUUUCGUAAUUGAAGGAUUUCACAGCCUUGGGCCUUCAUCGGAAACUUUCAAGAUGUCCGACGUUGAAGAACUAUUACAGAAAACACUGAACCAUCUCCCAGAAGAUAAACCAAGGCUCAUGCAGUCAAUAUGGCCGCCGGAUGAAGUUCUUCACGCAAUACAAAUUGGCAUUGAUGUUUUUGAUAGCUGCUACCCCUACACCGUGACGGAGCGUGGAGGAGCCUUGGUCUUCCAGUACGACCACCACCAACCAGUGCAUCCCGAGUCUAGGGGCGACACUGUCACAAGUACUGGAUAUGAGAUCUCCUUGAAAGACAAAGUUUACCAUGACGACUUCUCACCGCUACUGAAGGGCUGUGCCUGCUAUACAUGUCAGAAGUUCACCAGAUCGUACAUCAACCAUCUUCUCAACACCUCGGAGCUGCUGGCCGGGGUCUUGUUAAUGAUACACAACUUCCACCACUACUUCCAGUUCUUCAAGACAAUCAGACGGAGUCUGGAGGAAGGAAUGUUUGAAUCUCUGAAAGUUCUCAUCCUCCAACAGAAGAGAUAAUAUCUACUGCAAAUUAUCAAUAAAUUUUAUGUCUGUU